GGUGACAUGACCUUGUACCCUCGUUGCAUCUUGUGACUUUGAGCUGACUGAAAAGAUGUUAUUAGGUCUCGGACAGAGAUUAUGUGCGAGGAGGAUUGUUGCUUCUUACUCUGCCCUUCAUCCCACGGCUCCUUGUGCGCGGCCCUUAUCAACCCGGCCAGAGCCGAUAGACUUAGAGCAUGACAAGUUCGUCCCCCCGAGUGGGAACGAAACGGAUAAUGCUCUCGUUAUCUUGCACGGUCUUUUCGGCAUGAAGAGGAACUGGCUUUCACUCGCCAAGGCCUUCCUCAGGGACCUCGACCGACCAAUCUACACCUUGGAUUUGAGAAACCACGGAGCAUCUCCUCACGCGGAACCAAUGACCUACUUGGCAAUGGCUGAAGAUGUUCUAGAGUUCUGUCGCAAACGCUCGCUUAGAGACGUCUCUCUCUUGGGUCAUUCGAUGGGUGGCAAGGUCGCGAUGUCUGUAGCCCUAAGCCCGGAGCUCCCCAGAGAGCUGCUUGCGCAUCUGAUCAUCGCAGAUAUGGCCCCAUCAAAGGGUGCAUUAUCAUCGGAGUUUCAAGGUUACGUUAAAGCCAUGAAGAAGAUAGAAGAUAGCCAUGUGACUACACGACAGGAGGCUCAGAAGAUAUUAGCACCCUACGAGCCUGAUGCUAUGACUCGAGCUUUCCUCCUCACAAACCUCCUUCCCCAGGCACACGAUCAUCACCACCAUCCUCUGAAGUUUCGAGUACCGAUUGAUAUCAUCGGUAAAGCCAUUGUGGAAAUUGGCGAUUUCCCAUACGAGCCCACUGAGCGCAGCUGGGACGGACCUACACUGUUCAUCAAGGGGCAAAGGAGCAAAUAUAUCAACAACCGUAAUGUACCAAUCGCGAAGCAAUUUUUCCCGAACCUGGCACUCGAGAACCUCGAAACCGGACACUGGGUACAUGCAGAGAAGUAG